AUGAUUUAUGGUGGCAUGGACCCAACUUUUUGCGUUCCACGAUUGAUAAUUGGCCUGACCAGCCGAUGUCACUUCCAGAAAACCUUCAAGCUUAUGAAGAAGCCCAAUGUGUGGUGUCACUACAUAUUCUACAAAAACUGUAGGGCUUCGAGGGAACUACGGUUGGUAGUGCCGUUAACUCCAGAAGAGUUUGAUUAUUCAUUGAAAAUUCUUAUUCGCAUCACUCAGCGUUCAUCCUUUCCAGCGGAGAUUAGAAGAUUCACUAAAGAUAAACCAUCAACAAAUAUCGUGAAUUCUGGCAUGAAAUCAUCGCUUCUAAACCUAAAUCUUUUUAUGGACGAAUUUGGACUAUUAAGAAUCGAGGGUCGUCUGCGUUACUCGAAUGCUCCAUUUGACACUCGCUUUCCUAUCCUCUUACCAGCCAAACACAAACUCAGCCUGCUGAUUGCACGAGUAAUACACCUCAGAACAUUACAUGGUGGCCCAACAUUGCUACUUGCUACAAUGCGUCAACGAUAUUGGCCGUUAAGAGGACGUGAUUUGGCACGCAAGGUAGUUCGUCAAUGUAUUACUUGCUUCCAGUGUCACCCAAAACCAGCUACACAGAUAAUGGGCCCACUACCAGCGGUACGCAUUACACCGGCCCGACCUUUUACUUAUACGGGAAUGGACUACUGUGGACCGUUUUUUGUCCGUUCGUUAUAUGGGAGAGGAGCGUCGGUAAAAAUGUACGUCGGGUUAUUUGUAUGUUUAGUGGUGAAGGCUGCGCAUUUGGAAAUCGUUGCCGAGCUUUCCUCAGCAUCAUGCAUUAACGCCGUGAAACGCGUUGUCGCGCGUCGUGGCCGUAUUACCGAAAUACAUUGUGACAACGCGACCGCACUCGUCGGGGCGGACCGCGAGCUGCAACAGUCGCGAAAUGAGCUUAUUAAACAAUUGAAGGGAGACCAAUGGCGACACCAUUGCAUUGACAAUGGAAUCAAAUUCCGGUUUAUCCCUGCUCGAUCACCGCAUUUUUACGGAUUAUGGGAGGCUGGAAUUAAGUCCUUUAAACAUCACUUUCGUCGUAUUACGGGACAAAGGGCCUUCUCGGUGGACCAAUUUCACACCGUCGUCACCCAAGUCGAAGCUGUGUUAAAUUCUCGCCCGCUGUCACAGAUGUCCGACUCACCCGACGACUUCAACGUCAUAACGCCUGGGCAUUUCCUAAUCGGGGGAUCUUUAGUUUCUAUAUCUGAACCAGAUCUGAGCCACAUUAACCCGGGUCAUCUUGAUCGCCUUCAACACAUGAAAAAAUCGCAUCAGGAUCUCUGGGCGCGUUGGUCGCUGGCUUAA